UGUUCUAUGUAUGAUCCUGGAACGUACCUUGUUCUUAUUUUCAACGUCAACUUUUAUCAAAAUUGUUUUCUUUUGGAUAUUUGGAUUACACAUUUAAAGUGUAUUUAGGAAUUAGUGGUGUGAACAGAUUAUGAAUGACAAUUUAUGAAAAUGGCAAGUCAUAGAGAAAAUAAUAUAGCAAAUUACCAAAUAAUUUCAAUCCUUGGUCACUGCUUCAAUCAGCUGGCUGUAGUUCAACUUGCAAAGUUCAUCCCUACAGGUGCUAUGGUUGCAAUUAAAAAGUUCGAUAUGGACAAAAUAAAGGAAGCAUACUUAGUAGAGAGUGAAAUCAUCUUAACUAGGCAGCUGAACCACCCUAAUAUCAUCAAGUAUAUAGUGGCAUUUGUAUCAGGUCCCCAAGUUUGUGUAGUUAGUCCACUUAUGGCUUAUGGGUCAUGCAGAGAUUUAUUGAGUAGACACUUCAAUGAAGGUUUAUGUGAACCUGCUAUCAUUUUGAUAAUCAGGGAUGUUUUAGAUGCAUUAGAUUAUAUUCAUAAAAAAGGCUAUAUUCAUAGGGCAAUUAGAGGCAGUCACAUCUUGAUAUCUGAUAAUGGUAAGGCUUGCCUGGCAGGAUUGAGGUAUGCUUGUCCCAUUGUUUUAAAUGGUAAAUGGCAAAGAAGUAUUCACUCAUUCCCUUCCACAACUGAAAGAAACUUGAAUUGGCUAAGCCCGGAACUUUUAGAGCAGAAUCUGAAAGGUUAUAAUGAAAAGUCUGAUAUUUAUAGUAUAGGUAUAGUGGUAUGUGAAUUGUCUAAUGGGAUAGAACCAUUUGCUGGAAUGUCAAAAACACUGAUGUUGACAGAAAAAGUUCGAGGAUAUGCCCCUUCAAUUCUAGACAGCACUACAAUACCAAGAGAUGAAAAUAUUGAAAGUGGUGGUGAUUGUGAAAUAAGUACAAACAUACUAAAUCGAAGAUUUAGUGAUGACCUACAUGAGAUAACCAAUCUUUGCCUGCAUAGAGAAGCAUAUGAUAGACCAACUGCAGGGCAAUUGUUGACACAUCCGAUUUUCAAGAAUAAUAAGAGAUUGUUGCCACUACCAGAGCUCUUGAAACCUGCAUUGCCUCUCAGUGAUAGAGUUGGUUAUGAUACUGUUUAAACGUGUCCCAUGCUGCUUUCGUCCGUCCAACCUCAGACAGCCAACCUUAGCUGUUUCAUGCUUUAUCGCAAAUCAUCAAGAUCUAGGCUUGGUCUCUGGGACAACGAACGAAAUCGUAGCAAAUAUCCUCUAUCCAAGAUGAAAUGGAAAAUUAUGAAACUAUCAGCAAAAUGUCACAAUUGGAACUCAACUCCUGUGAAUGGGAUUUUGAAUGAUAUGUGUGUAGUAUAGAUAAUUAAUAUGGCUUAUGUUCCUUUUAAAGUCAAUACAUAGAUACUUAAUACUCUGCAAUGUAAUAUUUGUGUGUAUAUAGGAAAUGAUGUGGAUUUUUUACUCUUUAUAAAUAAAAUAAUAUGGCGCUUGA